UUCUGAGAGGUAGUUUAAAUGCUGAGCGCCAAAGAAAGUACAUUUGAAUAUUUCACAGAAAUGACUUCUAUCUUUAUGAAUUCUACUACAUCAGACAGCAAUGGAACUCUUUAUGUGAUAGCCACAGUAUCCAACAGCAUCAUUUUCAUUUUAGGCACUUUGGGAAAUGGUAUGGUUAUUUGGAUCACAGGAUUUAAGAUCCAGAAGUCUGUUAGUACUAAUUGGUUUCUGAACCUUGCCAUUGCUGACUUCAUCUUUGCAGCCCUUCGUCCUCUCUCAAUUGUGAGAGAAGACAUGGUGUUUCAGUUGACCUAUGCAGCAGCCUUCUGUAAGCUAAAUGAUUUUGUGAAAUUUCUUAACAUGUUUGCUAGCUUAUUUAUACUUACUGCUGUCAGCCUUGACCGCUUUGUUAUAGUUGCUCACCCAGUUUGGUGCAAGAAAUAUCGCAACAUGAAAUUGGCUGCUGUUGCUACUUCAUUUGUUUGGAUCUCUGCAACAGCCUUAAGUGUACCAUAUCUGUUCUAUCGCAAAAUUUGCAUAAAAGGGAACACAAUGAAAUGUUGCUAUGGACAUAUGUUACUUUAUGAAGUUUUGAAUGAUAAUGGCAUCAGGACAAUAUUGUACAUCAUCAGGUUCGUUGUGGGGUUCCUUUUGCCAUUUUCUGUAAUUAUCAGCUGCUACCUAAUAAUUACACUUAAGCUGAAACAAAGGUCAUGGCGUCGGUACAAAAGGUCGUUUAAAAUCAUCAUCACAAUUGUUGUGGCUUUUUUCUUCUGCUGGAUGCCUUAUCAUGUUACAAGUUUUCUGAAACUGAAAAAUCCAACUGCAUGGAAUGUACAUGUGGCUUACAAAAUAGCUUCCAGCAUUGCCUACUUCAACAGCUGCAUGAACCCAGUCCUUUAUGUUUACAUGGGCUAUACCUUCAGAAAGCAGCUUCAUGAUUCUCUUCUGUCUGCACUUAAGUAUGUUUUUUAUGAGGACUUCAACAGUGCUAAACAAAGUAGCAUUUCAAAUAAUCAAAUGGAAGCUUUAAAACAAAGUACCAUUUCAAAUAAUCAAAUGGAAGCUUUAAAACAAAGUACCAUUUCAAAUAAUCAAAUGGAAGCUUUAAAAUAAAGUAGCACUUCAAAUAAUCAAAUGGACACUUUGCCUCAUUAAACAGCAAUAACAUCAGCUGUGUAUUUUUACUUUUGAAAGCAUCCUAAAUUCUCAGAACGAUAAUUUAUGGCAUGGAACCUGUAAUGGUGCUGCUGUUUUCAAAACUGAUUUUUUUUUAGACUUUUACAAUGCAUGUGAUAUUUUCAUACAAGUUGCAUUUUCUAAGUGCAAUCUCCCUUCUACUGCACAGCAAUAAGAUUUAGUUAUGGGGAUUUAUAUAAUUAUUGUCUAUACAGAUAAUGAGUUUUUGUAGAAAUGAGUGUGAUAAAGCAGGAGCAUGUGUUGCAUUAGGAAAUGUUUUCCAUAUGCCCUUUUCUUUAAUACAUUUAUUUGUACAGCAGUCAUAGAAGCAGUUUAUCAUUUAUUUGUUUAUUUAUUUUUAUGGGGUUAUACAUGUUUCUUUUCUUAUUAUUCCACAUGCAAAAUCUUUGGACUUAACAAGGCGUGCUAACAUCUUCUGUUGUACAUACCAUUUCACAAUGUAUAUUGCAUAUAUAUUGCCCAUGACAUCUUGAGUUUCACUCAAUGUGCAAAAAAUUUGUAGGAGCAUAACCCUUCAACUUCCAUAUUCAUAACCCCUUUUUUGCAUUAAGAAAUGUAUUUUCUCUAUGUCUUUUGCAGAGCAAUUGAAGCACUGCAUAACAUUUAGAAUAAACACAUUUGCUUAUUUUGUACGUUUUGCAUAUGAACAGUUUAUUUAUGUUUUAUCUUUUGCAUUCCAUUAUAAUCACCCACAUGCAAAUUCUUCAGACUCACCAAAGCAUGGCCACAUGCAUCAGUAUAUAAACAUAUUCACAGUUAGCUGUUAUGGCCCCAUUUCACUCUGCUGCAUUUUGCUCUUUGGGAAUGGAUCUCAUCCAUCUCUGGCUAUGUUCUGUAAUUGUUUGCCAUACAAUAUAAAGUAUCUUCUUACAUACCUGCCCAGGAACAUGCAUGUCUGAUGCAUUUCCAUCCUCCCAGCUCCUCUAAAAGGGGACCUGCAAGAGUCAAGAUUUAACCUUCAUUGGAGACAGAACAUAACAUUCACUAAAUCUACUGCCUGUCUAAUGUAUCAGAAUGGACAGUGGUCAAGUCAUUCUUCUAUUAUGUACCAUGAGACCAGUGAGUAAUAUGUGCUCCUUAACCCAGGUAUUCGGAAUUAAACUCUCAUGUAGCACACCUUUGUUGUUCUGAUGAAGCACAUCUGAACCUUAAAAUGAGAUAAUGUCUUUGUCAAGGGAAGUUAAUAUGGAGAUGGAAUUGAAUGGGAGACAAUGAGAGACUGAACUUCUCUAAAAAAGCAAAUAUGCUUAUAAGACAGUGUUCUAGAAACUUUUUUUGUCUCUAACUAGACAUAAACAACUAUUUGAUGUAGCAGACCCCUGCUACUCUAACUUUUUUCCACCCUUGGGAAUAGCUCUAAACAUUGGGUCUAAAUUCUGAUUCACUGAUUGAUUUAAGAGUUUUAUUAAUAAAUUAUGGGUGACUAGAUUACUGCUAAACCUGGCUAUAUUUCCUUCUGUAAUAACUAGUAAUGGGAGCACAGUUUGAGAAGAGCUAUAGUAACCUGACACGGGCUAAAGGCAGCUGUCUUCUGGAAUUCUAUAGAGUAUCUGUAUCUAUGGGAUUGCAGUGACCAAACUAUUCACAUGACUGCAUAACAAAAUUCUAAGCUAGUACUUGUGAUGUUGAAUCUCCUUUUGUUUCAAUUCUCAAGUAUUACCCUCUUAAAAAUGUAUAUAAAACCUGAAUCAAUAAGUGUGAGCACCAAUUAUGGAGGUAAACACGCAGAGAGUAGAUGGUAUUAUUAUGGAGGUACAAAUGCAGGGGGUAGAUGGCAUUAUUAUGAAGGUAGACAUUCACAUGGUAGAUGUAUUAUGAAGGUACACAUGUGCAGCAUAGUCAGUAUUAUUAGCAUUAGUAAUUAGGUGUUUAUCACAACAGAUGACUGACUUAAGUUAAGUAGUAAAAAAUUGUCACCAACAGUGUUUUUCCUGAUUCAAACUAAUAUUUUAGUAUUCUAGAUGGGGCUGUGUUUAUCCAUCUGUUUUGUUCAGAUAUGCCCAGUAAUUUUCAUUAAAAAAAUUGCAUAAUUCUCAGGAUGCUUUGAAAAGGAGACUAUAUAAUUUAAGCAAAUACUUACUUGUUGAAUCAUUAUUUGUUGAGCCCACAUUGUCGAAACCUCUCAUCAGCAAAUGUCCAUUUCAUCAAACUUUUUCACAGGGAAAAGCAACGGUUGGCCAUCAUCAGGAAUUUGCCCUUUUCCCUACUGUAGUGUGAUCUUGGAGUUGCUAUAUUUAGUUGGGGUGUGGGGAUGUGUGGGUGGCACAGUCUCCCCACAUAGGGAGGUGAAGCUCCCCCACACUUGGAUGCAUUUUAAAAUUUUAGAAUUAAGUGAUGGGUACUAGGUUGGGCAGCCAUUGCUUUUCCCUGUGAAAAAGUUUGAUGAAACAGCUGUUUGAUGGAGAGAUGUUUCGACAAUGUGGGCUUGACGAAUAGCGAUUUGACAAAGUAUUCGCUUAAAUGAUAUAGACCCCUUGAAAAGCUGAUGAAUGCAAAAGUUUUUCUCUGCAUAAAGUCUUUGGCCAUAACAUUUUACUUCUCUGGUAUCUGAAUUUGAAACAUAUUUUUCUUAAUUUUGGUAUUUAGUCUUAAAAUAUUUUUUUCUUCUUUUUUGCUUUCUUUUUUUGAAACCUUGGUUUGGUAUACUUGCCUUGAGGUUUAUGGCAGUAUCUGCUAUAGAAGCACCCAUUUCUGGAAAACCCAGAUGUACCUAGACAGACUAAUGAGCUGAAAUAAAGUGAAACACAUGACCAUGA